CGCGAAAUCGGCUGUCAAAUGGUGCUGAAGGACCACCCUGUGUUUUGUUUCGGUGUUGCUCGUGAUAGAAUACCGGUGGAAAGAGUAAAUUUCUUUAGAUCUGGUUGUCGCUGUGCGUCUGCCGCGCUCAUUUGAAUCGAAUGAAGACAGUUUCUUGGUAAACAAAGCAACAGUGUGUCGCGAAAAUGCCGCAAGAAUUGCGCGUUGUCCGUUGCGUCCAGUGCUUGAAAUAUCAGGUGGAUAUCGUCAAAAAAGUCAACAAAUGGUCGUGCAAAGUGUGCGGCGUGAAACAAUCGUUGGCGAGGGAAUUUUACCGUGGUGCCGGCAAGGAUUGUCGCUCCAUUGUGCAGAAGUUAGAAGCUCAGAACAUCAUCACCGAGCAACGGGAACAGGAAACGCUUCGGCUCGUACUGAGUGGUGCUAUUCAGCUUCCUGAACCGUCCGUCUCAUUGGCAGUGGCAGAAGAAAGCGAAUUGUGUGUUGUCGGACCAACCGAUGAACUUAAAGGAAAACCUUCCAAAUGGGACACAUUCGCUGGAAAGACUGAAAAUGAAAACAGCGAUGAUAUGCUGUAUGGUGACCCCGAUAUAAAUUGUCCGGAUGAUGCGUUUAUUCGCGAACGAAGGAACGUUGUUUCCAGAAUAGCCACGGCGCCGAAAAAUGACAAUUGGACCAUUUGCCAAAGUACUGGAAGACAAGCACCCACCCUUAAAAGAGAUGUGUUUGAGGCUUUGCCUUUGAAAGCUACCGUCGCGCAAAGAUUUGAUCAGAAUGCAGGCAAUGAAAAAAUAUUGGAGAGCAGAAACGGUUCCACAAACCAUUCGCUAUCGGUACAGGCAGACAGCUUUCAGCAACAUCAACCCCUUUUACACUUUCAUCGCAAACAAACCCUCAAACAAGGCCUCAGCAAACCUUCUGUUUCGCCUCUGUCAAGCCAAGAAUGCAGAAAAAUGAAUCAAAUUGGAGAAGGUAGCGCUUCUCGAGACGCGAAAUCGUUUUGCCGGGCAAUCAAGCGAAAGCAUUCAAACGAAUGUACGAGUCCCCUUAUGAACUUCGCCAAGCGGCCCAUUUACAGCGAAGCUAACGCAACAUCCAGCAACAGGAUCGAUUUUUGUCCUAUUGUUGCAAGAGAAGAUUCUUUACAGCAAACUCUGACAAAUCAGGAAACUGAAGCGUUAUCCAAGUGGCCAACCUUCGUGAGGCCUGAUGAUGAAACAGAUGGAAGUGAAGAUGAAAUGCUAGUUUUCUAGUGAACAAUCUCAAAAAAUAAAUGCACAAUUUCACAGAGCCAAGGUGUAACAGCGAAGCGAGUGUUUUGUAUUCCGUCGCUAAAGUACCAAAAAAUAAAUUACUAAAA